GGGCGCAGCACAAUGGAGGAAGACUGGAAUGCGGAGAUAGGGGAUGAGGCGUUACUCCCAUCCCUUGAGAAGGUUAGCUUGCUUGAGAGACCAAAUGACACCUCAUCUGUCUUUAAUUCAAGUGUAGACUCAUUUGGUGCUGAUGAAUUUGUGAACUCACAGCAUCAGCCAAUGAGUAGUUUUGGCAGAGGAAGGAAUUUUGCAGCCAAAGGUUUUCAAGAAGGAAUUGAAGAAGAUGCCACUAUGCAAAACAGAGGGUUUAAAGGAUUUGGGCAAGGUUUUCAAGAACGAAAUGCUGUAGAUGGUGCUGGUACAGAAAACAGGGGGUUUAAAGGAUUUCGUGGUGGCUUUGGACAAGGUGCUCGAGGUAGGCAAAGGGACAUACCUCAGUCUGGAACUCCUGGUUCUAGAGAAAGAGGAAUACUCACAGAUGGUGCAGGUCCAAAGGUGACUUAUGUGCCCCCUCCUCCACCUGAUGAUGAGCAAGCCAUCUUUGCACAUUACCAGACAGGAAUGAAUUUUGACAAGUAUGAUGAAAAUGUUGUUGAAGUGUCAGGACUGGACCCUCCAGCAGCAUUAAUGAGUUUUGCCGACACUAACAUGUGUCAUACUUUAACUGUGAACAUUGCUAAAGCUGGAUACUCCAAACCUACUCCAGUGCAGAAGUACAGCAUUCCUAUUAUACUGGCGGGACGGGAUUUAAUGGCAUGUGCCCAGACAGGAUCAGGAAAAACUGCAGCGUUUCUUGUACCAAUUGUUGCCCAAAUGAUGAGGGAUGGUGUAACUGCCAGUAGCUUUAAAGAGCAGCAAGAACCGGAAUGUAUUAUUAUUGCCCCAACUAGAGAACUGAUUAAUCAGAUCUUCCUAGAAGCAAGAAAAUUCGUGUAUGGAACUUGUAUAAGGCCUGUUGUGAUCUACGGAGGUACACAAACAGACUAUUCGAUUCGUCAGGUAAAGCAAGGCUGUAAUAUACUGUGUGCCACUCCAGGAAGGCUUCUAGACAUCAUUGGAAGAGGAAAGAUUGGUUUGCAUAAUGUGAAAUACUUGGUGCUAGAUGAAGCAGACCGCAUGCUUGAUAUGGGUUUUGGUGCAGAUAUGAAGAAGUUGGUAUCUUUCCCAGACAUACCACAAAAAGACCAACGCCAAACACUAAUGUUUAGUGCCACUUUCCCUGAAGAAGUUCAGAGGCUAGCUUGUGAAUUUUUGAAAACUGAUUUUUUAUUUGUUGUUGUUGGACAUGCGGGUGGAGCAUGCAGUGAUGUUCAGCAAAAUAUUCUUCAAGUUUCUCAGUCUUUCAAGAGAGACAAGCUGAUAGAAAUUCUACGCAGCAUAGGUAAUGAACGAACCCUGGUCUUUGUGGACACCAAGAGAAAAGCAGACUUCAUUGCAUGCUUUCUUUGUCAAGAAAACAUACCAGCCACUAGUAUUCAUGGAGAUAGAGAACAGAGAGAGAGAGAAAUAGCACUUCGGGAUUUUCGUUCUGGAAAAUGUCUAGUUCUUGUGGCAACAUCAGUGGCAGCAAGAGGUCUGGACAUUGAAAACGUUCAGCAUGUUAUUAAUUUUGAUCUUCCUUCCACCAUUGAAGACUAUGUACACCGAAUUGGGCGAACUGGUCGUUGUGGAAAUACAGGGAAAGCGGUUGGCUUCUUUGAUAACAAUUCAGAUGGUCAUCUUGCACAGCCUCUAAUUAAAGUGCUUUCAGAUGCUCAGCAGGAAGUUCCUGUUUGGUUGACAGAAGUUGCUUUUGAGGCUGCAGGAGGGCGACUCCCAGUUCAUACCCAAAAGAAUUACAGAGGCAGAGGCAACAUGAAUGCGGGAGAAGUAAAGAUGGACUGUUCUGCAAGAGAAAUUGAGUCAUGGGAUUAA